AUGGGGACAUUACUACCAACCAUCUUCAUCCCUCAGAGCGAACUUCUCUCCACCUCUUGGACUUUCCUGUGUCUCCUGUGCCUGUUAACCCUAGGGCUCAGCCUGCUGACCAUGGCUCUGUGGAUCCGAUCGCUGCCUCUCCUGGCCCUUCUGGCCCUUUCUGGCCCCGGGAGCAGCCACGCCGCUGUCAACCAGCACCUCUGUGGCUCCCACCUGGUGGAGGCUCUGUACCUGGUGUGUGGGGAGCGGGGUUUCUUCUACUACCCCAAAGCCCGGCGGGAUGUGGAGCAGCCUCUGGUGAGCGGUCCCUUGCACGGCGAGGUGGGAGAGCUGCCCUUCCAGCAGGAGGAGUUUGAGAAGGUGAAGCGCGGGAUCGUUGAGCAAUGCUGCCACAACACCUGCUCCCUCUACCAGCUGGAAAACUACUGCAACUAGCGGGGGAGCCAGCAUCACGGGCAGAAACAGGCACUUAGGCUACUGCACCUUCAAAGCAAUUGAA